CCCUUCCUCCUCGACAUCGCAUCCGUUUUUUCCAUGGCCACGAGCGACGACACUUCAGGCCCGGCCGAGUGGGUGCAGCUCGGCGGCUGGCCGCACCUGCUGCCGCCGCCGUCACCUUUGGCCGCGCCAUCCGGAUGCGUGUCGGACUCGAUCGUGGUGUCAACCACGUCGAGCGCCACGGUCGACGGUCCGGCCAAGGGUGCGGCGGCCCAACAACCCGGCGUCGAGGGCCGGGUGAGUAAGCCAGUCCGGAGGCGGUCGAGGGCUUCCCGGAGGACUCCGACGACCAUGCUCAACACCAACACCGCCAACUUCCGCAGCAUGGUCCAACAAUUCACCGGCAUCCCAUCGGGGCCGUACUCGUCCGCGUGUCGACCCGGCGGCGGUCCGAUCUCCAACUUCGGUUAUAAUUUCAAUGAGCCAAUUCAUCAGACGACCUCGAUGACUCUUGGGCAGCUCCGGCAGCAGCAACAACAACAACAACAACAACAACAACGACAGUACCUGCAGCUGCAGAACCACCAGUCGCAGCAGCAUCAGCAGCAGCAAAACUGUCAGUCUUCUAUGUAUACUGCAAGUGGCGGCAAUAAUACCAGCAAUGAUGUUUUUCCUCAAGGGUUCAACAACCUUGGCACUAACUUGGAGGUGGGUGAUGGCUUUUUCUUGAAUGGCAUGUACAGCCAGAUGAUGGCAAGGCCAACCUCCACUAACGCCAGGGGUGAUGGAUACUUCUCUUGAUACAAGGAAAGUGAUCAGGGAUAAGAUUAAUAAUUCUGAGAGGGAUUGGGGGGGGCGAGGGGAGAGAGAGAGAGAGAGAGAGAGAGAGAGAGAGAGAGAGAGAGAUUGUAAAUAUUAUUAUUACCUAUCGUCAUACAUGAUGUUAUGAGCAGUCAUAUGGAAUCUUUCUAGAAUGUGGUUUAUCUAUGAGAUUAAGACCUUGAUGACCUACAAUUUGGUCUCCAAGUGGGCAAA